CAAAGGCAAACCCAAAGAAAAUACUUAACUACUUGAAAAUAGCUGUUGUAUUUGAUUUGCUAUUACUUCAGUGAUGGAGGACUCUGAUCCACUGAAUACUUUGGCAUGAGAAAAAAAAAUAAGCAAUGUCCUUGUUUUCCUUAGAACAUUCCCUAAAUCUUCAGGAUGCUUUAACCAACAUAGAAGACCACAACAGAACAGGAAAUCAACAGAAAAUAGCCAGGGGAAAGCUGUUUAAAGGAAGAAAGCAUCUUAAAAACUAAGCCCCUUUACUUCCUCUUGUAUGCUCUGACUCAUUCACUUCUGCCACUUCUGUUUUGGGUCAAAGAUCUCUGCUGAUGGAGUUUACUAUAUAAGCCUUACUUUGAAGCAGUCACUCCAGCCUAAAUAAAAAGAAAGGAAAGCAGAUCAGAAACCCUUGUUUCCAGGAAAGAUAAAUUUCCAAUGAAGGAAAGUCCAGGUAUACUGGUUUCUACAGGUAUUUAAGAAAGCAAUUAAAGCCACCAUGAGACCAGAGUACAACCCUCCUGGAAAUAGCAGCAACUGCACCACUGACAGCAAGAUGAAUCAAGUUAUCUUUCCUUUGUUAUACACCUUUAUUUUCUUUAUUGGCAUAAUCAUGAAUGGCUUGGCCAUGGGAGUUUUUUUCCAAAUCUCCAGCAAAUCAAAUUUCAUUGUCUUUCUCAAGAACAUAGUGAUUUCUGACAUCCUGAUGGUAUUAACAUUUCCAUUCAAAAUUCUCAGUGAUGCAAAACUAAUUUCCUGGAAAUUGAGAGGGUUUGUUUGCAAGGUGACUCAGGUCAUAUUUUACUUCACCAUGUACCUCAGCAUUAUUUUUUUGGGACUUAUAACAAUUGAUCGAUAUUUGAAGACUGUCAAACCUUUCAAGUCAUCAAGGACUAACAAAGUAUCAGCCACUAAGAUUUUGUCCAUGAUUAUCUGGGUUGUCAUGUUUUCUCUUUCCCUUCCAAACAUAAUUCUGACAGACAAGAGGCCAACAUAUGAGAAUGUGAAGAAAUGUGCUAACCUGAAAUCUUACUUUGGACUACUGUGGCAUGAAAUUGUUACAUAUAUUUGCCAGUUUAUCUUCUGGAUUAAUUUUGUUAUCAUUGUUGUAUGCUACAUUCUCAUAACCCAGGAACUGUACAACUCCUACAAAAGAACAAGACAUUUGGGAAAGGCAAACAAGAAGACUGUGAAUAUCAAGGUUUUCAUAAUUAUUGGUGUAUUUUUUGUUUGCUUUGUUCCUUUCCAUUUUGCUAGAAUUCCUUAUACUUUGAGCCAAACCAGAGAUGUUUUUCAGUGUUCAACCCAGAAUAUUUUGUUUUAUAUAAAAGAGGGCACCUUGUGGUUAACUUCCUUGAAUGCAUGCUUAGACCCAUUCAUUUAUUUUGCCCUCUGCAAAUCAUUUAGAAAGUCUCUUCUAAAUAAUUUGCGUAAAUGUGUAAUCAAAACAAGAAGGGAUCAUAACAGAGAAACUACCGAUGAAGAGACAACGAUGUAGGUAAACAAGAAACCUAGCCAAACAUAGUUUGUAUCCCUCUGAUGCAAAAGUUUUUUUUCUAAUAGAAAUUCUACCUUCUUGUUUUUACUGAAAUCAGGAAUCACACCUACCCCAUGAUACUAACAACCAGCUACAAAAUUAUCACUGCUGCAGUUUUUUAAAAAAUAUCAUAGCUACAAAUAUUGAUUCACACUGAGAACAAAUUAAUUGGACAGUGAAGAAAAUUUCUGUGUACUAAAAGAAAAAGAAAAGCUUUUGGGAGGGUGGGAGGGAGGG